CAACGUUUGAGUUUAUCAUGAUUUAAAAUUUUCCAAUUUUCCAAAGAUAUUAGAAACGCUACCGACAAAGUGAAGGAGUAAAAAAAUAAAAAUAAAAAGGGUUUUUAAUAAUAAUCCCUUAUUUGAUUUGGAAAAAAAACCAUAAAGUUGUAUAAAAUAAUAGCGACCUCGGUGACAAGCAAUCAGAGAUCUAAGAUGAGUUGUGUUCAGUCGAAUUACGGAUCCGAAGAGUCACCACCGGAGAAGAAAAGAAGGAAUGAGAAGGCAUCUCCCUGGUGGUCGUCGUUGCCAGACGCGGUGGCUCUGAGCAUCGUGGCUCGGCUCACGAGAUUAGACCAGGCGGCCUUAUCUCUUGUCUCCAAGAGACACCGCUCGCUAGUAGCUUCCCCUGAGCUCUGCCGCACACGGUCGCUGAUAGGUUGCACGGAGGCAUCUCUCUACGUAUGCCUGAACAUCAUGCCUGACCCAAACCCAAGCUGGUUCGUCCUGACACGUAAUCGGCAGCUGAGGCAAAUCCCAUCGAACCCUUACCAGCCUCUAAGACCAUCAUCUUCUUUCGUAGUGGUGGAUUGGGGCAUUUAUGUAAUUGGUGGAAUCGUAAACGGCAAUCCGACUCGGGAUGUCUGGUUCCUUGAUUGUUAUUCUCGCACGUGGCACCCAGUCCCGUCGAUGAAGAUGGCACGUGCCUCCGCAUCAGCAAACGUUAUAGACGGGAAGAUAUAUGUGUUUGGAGGGUGCCGAGAUGAGGCCAGCAGCUCUGCAGAAGUAUUCGAUCCAAAGACCCAAACUUGGCUUAACUUUAUUUCGCCCAUCAGUAUCCAGCAAAGUGUGGUGGUACAAGGGAAGAAGAUUUACGCUGUUGACGAUGAGGACCAAAGCUUCUGCUCUUUGCCAAGUGAGUGUCCUUCCUGGACAAGCGGAAAAAGAGAUUGUAAGCCCGGAAACAGAAAUGAUUGGUGUGCCAUUGGGGAUUUGUUAUUUUGUCGUGGAACUCGAGGGAGAAUACUGUGGUGUGAGCCAGAUGAAUUGGAUUGGAAGGAAGUGAAGGGCUUGGAAGAGCUGCAAGAGUCGUCUUUCUCUGGCUUGAGACACGUGAUGGAUUAUGGUAAAAAAGUUUAUGAACCCUGUAAACCAACCCAGAGAAAGGUCAAAUAUGAUAUUAGCAAACUCAGCUGCAACUCUUCUGGCAACAUUGUCAUCUUUUGGAACACCCAACUUGAAUAUCCUGAGGGUUUGGAGCUCAAGUCUGCUGAGAUUUCCUUGGAAAGGCACGAGGGAAGCCAGAUUUGGGGGAAGAUUGAGUGGUCUGGUGUUAUAUUGAGAGAUGAUCCUCUCUCACACUCAUAUAGCCUUAAGGUCUUAUUUUCUGCUCCUGUCUAUUGCUGAAUUUCCAAGUCUUCUGUUUAUUCUAUUUUAUAUAUAUAUCAUUUUUCUUUAAUAUUUGUCUGUGUCUUUCUCAAACUGUUUUUCAUGAGCAUCUCUAUUCAACUUCUGAUCUAAUUAUUAACUAAUUGUCUGA